CUAGAAACUAUCUGCAUCAGUUACAAGUAACUAUCAUCUGUGUAAACAUCGUUUGAAAUCAAUCGUUAUUUCAUAAUCCCAUCAUGAACACUCUGGUAAUCAUCAUGCUCUUCGCUCUUGCUUCACCUAUCUUUGGUGAAGACGCUGUUGAGCCGAAGAAACAGGAAAAACGUGGAGUUAUUGGUCUUGGAUACCCAGGAUACGCUGGUCAAUUUGGUGGAGCCCAUGCUUAUGAUUACCAUGGACUUGGACAUGGUUACGCGAGCGCACCUUACUACUCAGCUUUAAAUCACGGAGUAGUAUCACCGAUAUUGAGUCACUCAGCUUACUCUGCUCAUGUAGCUCCCGCACAUGCUUACGGUGGUUACCAUUCACCUUUGUAUACUUCCCCUCUUCGUCUUGGUUACCACGGCUUGGGCCAUGGGUACUACAACAGCUGGUAAUUGGUAAAUGUGAAUUGUUCACAAUCACAAGGAGACUACUCUUCAUCUUGUUAAUUCUUCUGGCAAUAGGUCCUACAAGUAUCAAGAGUCAAUUUUAAAUGAUUAUCAUCUGAUCAGAAUCUAAAAUUAAUUAUUUUUU